AUGCUUGACGAGAAUCUUCCUACAUUCUAUCUCAAGCCGGCCAAGGAUGCCUAUCUAUCCACGGUCUACCUUCAACAGUACGGCAAUGAGCCGGAGCCGGCGUACUCCCUUCGCUAUCCAAAUCCCUCCUCUCCCGAUUCCAGGAACCGCUUCGCCGCCGCCCUCUAUGACCCUUACGUCCCCGAUGUUGUCUACGGUGAAGUCCUAAUUAUACCCGAAUGGACACAACCAACGCUCUCGGCAGAAGCCAUCCGCCAGAAUGGAGGCGUCGCACCACCUCCAGAGCCGAUCCUCCCCACCCGCUUCACGAUCCGACUCUACAACCCCGACCAACAGGUGACUGUAAACUACAAUCCGAAGACUUGGAAUACCCCGGCCUCCUGGUCAUUCGAGAUGCCGCAACACAGCUUUCGCGAGCCCACCGGUUCUACUCUCGAUCGCGUACGAGUUGAUCCUGCUGCGGCGGACACCACACCCAAGUUGCGCUUCAGCUGGCGAAAAGAUAGCAAGUUGUCCAAGGAUCUCACUUGCUUACUCCGUGGCAAAACAUCCGCGAUUCCCGAGACGAAAACCAAAAGCAAGGAGCCGGAUAUUACUGUAUCAAUUUUCAAAAGCUUGCGUGAACUGACCUUGUACGAACCAAACCUAUACCGUGUUGAAAUGGAGGAUUUCAAAGGUCUAGAAGUUGUUCUCAUGCUUGGGGCUAUCACCAUCCGCGACGUUUAUUUUGGUACUUUCAAGGAAGCAUUCCGUGUCUCUAAACAAAGCUCUGCUACUGCCUCACCUACUUCUAAUUCACCAACUGCCUACACCCCGGCCGCGAAUAGACCGGCCCGACCUAGCCCAGCCCCAUUGGUAACCGACAUUCCACCAGCCCCAGCACCUCAACAGCCACCAGCCAGAGUAUCUCCUCAAAUCACCAAACAGCAGGAACAAGCGCGGAGGGAGGAGGAACGACGGACAAAGAAAAUGUUGGAGGAAGAGGAAAAAGCCCGUCGCAAACGCCAGGCGGAGGUUGAAAAGGAAACGCGUCGGUUACAGAAACUUUACGGCGAGGAGGAAAAGAAAGCUCGGGCACAGACUCCUGGACUACCUCCAAGACCAUCCGCACCGCAAGCCCCAAACGGACACCAUGGGUACCAGUACCAACGCCCACAUCCUCGGUAUAACCAAGGCCCGUCGCACAUGUCCCACGGAGGCUCGCAACCGUACUUGCAAAUACCCGGCCAGAUGUCGACAACAACCUUGUUAUCGCCCCCAGUAGGCCCACCACAGCCGGCGGGCAAGCCGCUACACAAUAAGCGGAGUAGCUUCUUUGGGUUUCGACGGGCCUCAGAUGAAGGGAAACUAUCAAAAAAGCGCAGCUCCAUGUUUUGA